UUAGUUCAGUCAGUCAUUUAGUUUUGUGUGUUCCAACAAAACAUCAAUUAAUAAUAUAAAUUAUUAAAUUUAAAAUAAAAAAAAAAGCAGAAACAAUUUCAUUAUAAUGCCGUCGUUGCCAUCUCUUGAAAAGUCUUUAUUGGUUUUCUUUGUUCUUGUUGUCUCAAUGCUGUACAUAUCAGAUGCUUUACGCUGCUAUGCUUGCAGCUAUACGGCCAAUAGUGGAGCUAAUGAUUCUUGUAUUUACGAACCCAAGAAGAGUAUAACUUGUUCCAAGAAAUAUUGUACAAUAAUACGUCAAGAUUUAGUGCAUCCUGCUGGAUCAAUUGUUUCUUUUUCAAGAAGUUGUGAGGAUAAACCAUUGUACUUGAAUGCGGUGAAAACGGAUACAACCUAUAAAAUGUAUUUUCGUUCCUGCUCUUCAGAUCUUUGCAACGAUUCGGAUGCCAAACGUUCGGCAACAAACUCUGAUCCUAAUUUUGGAGCUUCGGAAAAUAUGGUCAUAAAAGGAAAAGAACAAAUAAAAAGCAGAAGCAAUCUAUGAUCAUUAAUUAAAAUAUAAAUAUCUUUACAGAUAAAUCUUACAAUUUUUUAUUUACAUUUUACUUAUUCUGUACUGUAUAAUCACAGUAAUAUUAAAUAUGCGCCUAAAAUUAUGCAAUACAUAUUGAAUAAAUUUUCUUUGAACAUUCAAUUACAGUCAAAGCCAUUUAUAACAAACUGCGGGGUUUUACACAUAAUUUUUGAAAAUUGUUAUACAAAAAGAUAAUCAUAUUAAAUUAUACUUGAAGGACUGAAAAAGUAGUUUGUUUUAUCAGAAUCCAGAAUUCGUUUUAAGCGGUUUUGACUGUAGUAAAACAAAAUUGUAUUGAAUUGAUAUAGAGGUUUUUGCAAAAGCUCUCCUUUUCCCAUUUAAUUCAAAUUGGCAAACAACAACAAUAAUAAUAGAAAAUAAGAUACAUAAAUAAAAAAAAAUAAAUUAAAAAUUUUGUAUGCAAUAAACAUG